AUGUCAACUUUAAACAUACCUCAGAGCAACUUAGAGUUUAAAUUAUGUAAAAAAACCUAUAAACGACCUUCAAGCUUAGCUAAGCACGAACAAUUAAUUCAAGACGCUAAUAUUAUGAGAUCAACUGUGUAUGAUUUGCCUGAAGAGGCCAUUGAAGAAACACGUAAAAUGUUAGUUUAUCAUAUAAAAGAAAGACUAAAGCAACAUUCAAGAUAUGCCAGAAAUGUUCAUAUUAUAAUUAAUUGUACAGAGAGUCAGUUUUUUGGUGUCUUUAAAGAAUAUAUACAUAAUUAUUAUUCAAAAACGGGUGGUUAUAAGUGUAUAUUUAAAGGCGUUGAUUCUUAUUUUAUUUUAUCUCAAAUAUUAAGAGAUGAUAAUUGGGAUAUUAAAUACUUUUUGCAACAUCAAAAAACAUCUGUUUUAUUAUACCAAUUGCCAUCAAGUUUAAAUGAAUUUGAUCCUCUUCAAAAAUCUAAUUCUCUUCAAGAAUCCAAUCUUCUUCAAGAAUCUAAUCCUCUUCAAGGAUCUGAUUCUUUUCAAGAAUUCGAUCCUCUUCAAGAAACUGAUCCUCUUCAAGAAUUCGAUCCUCUUCAAGAAUCUAAUCCUCUUCAAGAGUCUGAUCCUUUUCAAAAAUCAAGUUCUUUUCAAAAAUUCAACUCUUUUCAAGAAUCUGAUUUACAAGAGCCAAACUUAUUACAAAAUAUUAGUUCUUUUUCACAAAUUAAUCUUAUUCAAGAUUCUAAUUAUUUGCAAGUUAAAUUCUUCAUGUAA